CGCAUUAAAAAAAAAAAAAAGACCCAGCGUGUGUAAGAUCAAGUUUGGUUUCGGGUAGCAGUAAAUGGGUAGCCUAGUCAGUUCUACUUUCACUUGUGUAGCAGAAAAGAGCAUUUCUGACUUAAAUUUAAUAAUGGACAAAACACAACCAGGAAGCAAAUCAAGGCCAUUUCCAGUAACAACACUAUUCAAACAGGAGCAACAAAACUCUGAAAGAAAGCAGGUGACAUACAGAAUUCCAGCUCUCUUCUAUAAUAGUGACAAUCAAACCUUCCUUGCUUUUGCUGAAAAGCGGAAAACUGCAGAUGACACAGAUGCAGAUGUCCUUGUGAUGAGAAAAGGAAUAUGGAAGGAUGGAAGAGUUGAGUGGAAUGGUGAUCAUGAGUUGCUCUCUUCAGCUUGUCAACCAAACCACCGCAGCAUGAAUCCAUGUCCGGUCUAUGAGAGAGAUUCCAAGACCCUCUUUCUGUUUUUCAUCACUGUUCCUGUUGGGGUUUCUGAACACAAACAAAUACAUAAAAAUAAGAAUCAGGCACGACUUUGUUACAUAACCAGUAAGGACACUGGCAAAACCUGGAGCCAUAUUACAGAUUUGACAGCAGAUGUGAUCGGUGAGCAGGUGAAGGACUGGGCCACCUUUGCUGUUGGACCAGGACAUGGUGUUCAAAUGAAGAGCGGGAGACUGAUUAUCCCAGCCUAUGUAUAUCCUUGCCACUCACUCAACUGUAAGCCCACAUCACAUGCAUUCACAUUCUACAGUGAUGAUAAAGGAACCACUUGGCAAGCAGGAAAACGUAUGGAUGGUGAGUCUUGUGAGUGUCAGAUGGCUGAGAUCAUAGACGACGAAGGUAACAGUACACUGUACUGCAAUGCUCGAAGUACAUCUGGCUACAGAUUUGAGGCUCUAAGUGAGAGUAACGGAGAAGCUUUUGAAAAGCCUUCAUCUGCACAUAAGCUGACGGAGACCGGACAUGGUUGCCAAGGAAGUGUGUUUAGUUUUGCCCCUGAUCAAGCGCCUGAAAAAACAUGGCUACUCUAUUGCCAUCCAACCAAUCCAAGCAAGAGAACGUGCCUUGGCGUCUACUUGAAUAAAACCCCGUGGGAUGCCUCUGGAUGGGAGGAUUGUAAAUUAAUCAUCCAUGAUGGUCCAAGUGGAUACUCAGAUCUGGCUCAGUGUGGGGAUGGAAAACACUUUGCCUGUCUCAUGGAAUGUGGAGAGAGAAGUGAGGUUGAAGGGAUAGCCUUUGUCCUUUUUAAACUCUGUGACAUUAUUUAGGCCAAGGGCGCUGAAUGAGACUGCAAAGAAAACAAAAAAGUAAUUUUCUUUUAGUUUGCAAAUGAUUAAAAUAAUGCUAAAAAAUAAAUGGACAAGUACUCACAAAAUGAAUAAUAAUCAUUUCAAAAUAUGAAGAUCAUACAUUGCAGUUCAAAAGGUCAGUAGGUCAAACAGCACAACUGUUUUCAACAUUGCUAAUAAUAAUAAAUAUGACACUGAGGACAGCUAUGGCUGAUGAAAAAUCAGCUUUGCCUUCACAGGAAUAAAUUAUUAAAAUGGAGAACAGUUAUUUUAAAUUAUAAUAAGAUUUCACAGAUAUUACUGUUUUUACUGUUUUUUUAUCAAAUAAUUGCUGUUUUGGUGAGCAUAAGCGACUUACCAAUUCCAACAGUAGUGCAGGUCAUCAAAAUACUUUCUGAUGUAUUGUCAUCUAGCCAAAAAUAUCCAUAAAUAAUUAUGCAAAGCAGUUUUGUGUCAUUAUUCCAUUUUUGUUGCUCAUGUCAGUAUUUUUCUUUUGCAAAACUACUUAGCCAGCUGCUUUCCUCACUACUCAUGACAGUUCUUCCUCCAACCCUCUGUCACCUCAUCUUAUGCUUUAUUUCUCUUUAGUUGUUACAAACUUAUUUUAAGUAGUCCUUUAUUAGUGCUUGAGUUGAGUCUAAAACCCUCUAUCUUGGACAGCAUGACAAAUCUGUUUUGCAAACUUGUGAAAUAAAUAAAAGUGAAUGCAACCCU